UGACAUUGUCAAUCAGAGACCCGGAGAUUUUUACAAUAAAGGGGGAGAGAGAGAGAGCGCGCAUAGACCUAGCCGGAAAGGGGAAGAGAAGAAUUUGCCUGAAAUUUUCGUACGCUUUCUUCCGGCAACCGUCUCCGGCUACCUGAUCCCUCGGUCGUCACUCAUCAUGACAACAUCAAGGCGCCUUGCAGACAGGAAGGUGGAGAGGUUCGAGAAGAACAUUACAAAGAGAGGAGCUGUGCCUGAAACAACCACCAAGAAGGGGAAGGAUUAUCCUGUUGGCCCUUUGCUGCUUGGGUUCUUCAUAUUCGUUGUUAUUGGGUCAUCUCUCUUCCAGAUCAUUAGGACUGCAACUAGCGGAGGCAUGGCUUAAGUCUGCAUCAUCCAUGUCAAGAAAUGGCAGAGGAGACUUGUCAUAUCGUGUCCAUUUUUUCUGCUAAUUUGUAGGGAACUGAUGAUACAUUUACUAGAUAUGCUUACUCAUAUUGUGAAGUGUUAAGAUUUUGAAUAAGACCUCCCCUUCUCGUCUCUUUUGUUCUAUUUUAUAAGUACUCGUUGUUACCUUUUUCAUUUCA